AUGCACUCUACUAUGCCCAUCUCCAGCGACAGCGAGCGCUCGUCUCUCCGUCCUUCUUUUGCUACAUCUCCUCCUUCUCCCUGCCCUCGGGCGGACUCUGUUCGACCCCCUAAGGCGUAUCUCUCGCCCGAUUCGUCCCCUCCCGUGCGCAAGACGGAGUUCGCCAAGAUCUACGACCUUCUCCUGCGUCUCAGCGAGGGCGAGAGCGUCGAAGAAGACAUCCAGAACAAGUUCACCGUCUCCUCAUCCGAUUGGCUCGAACUGAAGGAUGAAAUCUUCGUGAAAGGCGACAGGGUCAGCAGCGAGACCAGAGCUUGGGCGAAUAUUAAGCUGCGCUACAACUACGACGCUGAGGCGGGAACAUUCGAAGUCAAGAUGGCCGACGCAAUUCACGAAAGUUGCAAGACCGCCCUCGUCAAACUCCUGGAAGCAAGAAUGGCCCCAUACACAACAGGAAUCAUCAGGCAAGGUCUUCCACCAAAUUUGAGUCUCGAAACACUCAAGGACUGGGCUCAUACAAUGACCCCUCUUGCCAGUGGCUCAUUCCGCGCCCCAGAUAUCGCCUUCUCCUUGGGACAGUGGCCACCAAUCUUCAUUGCCGAGAUUGCGAAUGGCGAGCAUGGCAAACGCAAUUUCAAAGGCAAAGCCAAAGACUACAUGAGUGGCACCAGAGGUGUUACCAAAACCCUGCUCGGCAUCGACUUCGAAUAUCCCGUGCGGCGAAAUGGAGUCAACGAACUCCCGCGAUGGGCUACCUACCAAUUCUUCCGCUGCAAGAUCAUGGGCGAUGACUUCAAAAUCAUCUCCACUGGCAAGAAGCCCGUGAGAUUCAAGAACGCCAACGGAGUGAUCAACUCGCAUUUCAAGGUGCGGUUGACUCUGGCCGACUUUGUGACAUCCAAUGAUCCCGUUCUCUUGAACUUUCCGGUACACAUCACUCAUCAAGAUCUCUACAACGUGGUAGCGUCAGCAGAGCGGGCACAGCAGACCAAGAACGUAUACAUACUUCCAGUACCUCUCAAAUACGUUGGUUCUGAGUCGCCAUCUCCAGAGCCAGAGGAGCCCAGCUCGAGUCCGGAACAGGAUACCGAUGAUACUGGCACUUUUUCCGGUAGGAAAAGCAGAGUUAGUAGCGAUGAAGCAACGUCGGUUGGCUCGCGGGUCACUCGUCGCAGUGAUAAGAGGGGGGGUUCGUCGGCCGGGGGAGAGACCAGCGAAGAGACCAGCGAGGAAGACGAGAACGAGGAGAAUGAUGCUGAGGACGAGGAGGAUAGUGUUGAAGGCCAGGAGGAUGAUGUUGAAGACGAGGAGGACGACGAGGAGGAGGCUCGUCCGCACAAGAGGCGAAGAUGA